CAAACUGUUUGGAGGGCACAUCAUGCAUUGCUGUGGUGUUGCUGUAGCACUCUGCAUGGGUUUCUGUACACUCUGGGUGCAUGAAACAGGCAGGUGCGGAACUGGCUAACUGCUUUCCCACAGAAUGGAUGACUUUGACUACAGCGUUCACAUAUCUGACAAAGACUGGGACGCCUUUCUAACAGAAUCCGAGGAAUGCAGUUUAUCACAGCCUUCCCUGGCCGGGUUAGAAGAGUCGUGUUUGACUGAUGCUGAUGAUGCUGAGCUGGCCACGCCCCCCAGCAGAACAAGGCCAAUCAGGCUUCACACGUGCUCAGUGGAAACCACACUGCCUGACUUCUCCAUAAUCGGCCCUACAGACAUCUCCGGCUCUCCCAUUGAGCACGACCAGCCCUUCUGCACUUCCCAGUAUGGAACAUACACAGGGGAAGAUGUCCUGUCGGGCAGCGAGGAGGAAAUGGACCUGGAGACUGUCAACCGGUUCCUGGAAAAGUUUAAGGAAUUUGCGGGUCCAGAGAAGUCUGCAAUGCAGGACCAAUCUUUUCUGGUCCAUGGUUAUAGGAACCUGCCACGCUCAUCCCAGACUAGUAAUUACUAUGAUAAACCAUGUGACACAGCCUGUGAGGAGGAAUAUACUAAGCAAGGUGAUGAUUCCCAUAGCGAACAUGUAGAGACAUCACAAUUAGGGCAGUCGGGAUCAACAGGGACACCUAACAGAGAGGAAUGUUGGCCAAUGAGUUUGAAGCUAAUUUAUGAAGGCUCAACUGAGAACUUCGAGUGUUUGGCCAAUGCACAAGAAGACCUCACACAAGAGAAUGCUUCAGCAGGAGAUGAGGCUGGUUUGCAGAACUGGACAGAGCUGUCAUCCGCAUCCACAAGGCCAGCUAGCAAAGACCAGAGUGGAAACAGUAAUGAAUUUCUACAGGAAGAAAACUGUUGGUCUGAAGAAUUGCAACCAACCCAUAACCCCUCCAUUCAGAUAUCAGAGAAUACAGAAGAAGACUGCACUAUACAUCAGCUAAAAGAUCAUGUAUCUGGGGAUGUUUCAACAGGAGAAGCCAUUCAAGACUUACAGAACUGGACAGGUCUGUCUGGAUUAACAGUGCCAGCCAGCAGUGAACAAGGUGCAAACAGUAAUGAUUCUGAAGUGCUCAAACAAGAAGAAGCAUGCUGGCCUAUAGGAAUGGAACUCAUUCACAGUGACUCCACUGAGAAUGUUAAAACUUCUUCAAAUGCGCGAACAAACCUUCCAGUAGAAGAACCGAUAGGCAAUGCAUUAAAGGAUGCAGCUGAAACAGAACUUUCUGUAUCAAAGGGGCCUGAUAGAAACACCCUGUGUGAGAACUCUAAUGAAACUCUGGAACCAGAAGAAGAAUGUUGGCAUGUCGGAAUGGAACUAGCUCAUAAUGACAUCACAGAGAACAUGGAUGCACAAGGAGCCCUGACAAAUCAUCAACAGAUAGCCAAGGCCUCUGGGGACUUUACAGAUGAAAACCAUCAAGAUUUACAGACCUGGACAGAGCAGUCCGGAUCAAAAGGGAUCACUAAUGGUGACCAGUGUGGAAACAGAAAUGAAACGCAAGAAGAACAACAACAACAUUGGCAUGCAGGAAUAGAGCUAACCCGUAGUGACUCCCAUAGUGACAAUAUGCCGACUUCUGCAAAUCCACAAACAGACCUCCCAAAAGAUGAACCUACCGGCAGAGCAAAUGUUGCUGGAGAUGACACUGUUCAAGAUUCACAGACUUGGACAGAAGAGUCUGGAUUAACCACACCUGUUAACAAUAACCAGUGUGAAGACUGUAAUGAAGGGCUGCAAAGAGAAGGUUGCCCUACAGGAAUGAUUCCAACAGAGAGCAUUCAGUCUGCUUUAGACAAAAGCCAGAGCAGAGCUGAAGACAGCACACCCAGAAAGGUUUUGCCAGAUGUCACUGCAGAACAAAAUCUCCUAGUAAACACUGCCUAUGUGAGUGAUAUCAUACGUGAAGCAGUGUCCAGUAAUCCCACAGCUCCAGAUGCACAACCAGAAGAAAGCUCACACAGUUCUGUUCUGAAUGACAGCUCGUAUAUCAGGUUUGGGGCUCCCAUUUCAAAUACCUCUGCACAGCACAACACAUGUCAGCAAAAUUCAAUGGAUCAUGCAGUCACAGCCGGCGUGAAUAUAAAUGAUAUGACCCAUGAAACUCCCUUUGAUAAACUCAGAAGCGAUAGCUCAUAUAUUACAUUCAGGGCUUCAGUUACGAGUGACUUUGUGCCUGUGCAAGAAGGUAACAGGAAAGGCCAUGUAAUCGAUGGAACAGUUUUUAAGGGUGAGCGCCCCAUGCAGAUUACAAAUGCCCCAGCACUCAGUGAUCCAACACAUCCACAACCAGCUAAUGGAACCAGGUUUAGCAAGGCAGCAGAUGGGGCCUCUUUGCAUCUGCAGGAAGUCCAGCAAAAUCACAUCUCUUUCAAAGAUACUUUACAUUCUGCAGAUUCCAGCGAUUCCUAUGUUCAGGAGCAGAAUGCUGGCGAGAGUGCAGCAGACGAUCCUGCCAGUAAUCCAGGUUCAAUGUCAUGUGCUGCCAUUCAAGAUAGAGCAGUGCACAGAAAUUCAACUGAGCAUUCAAAUGUAGCGAAGCCACCCCAAGUUCAUGCACUCUCACGGUUCUGGGAUUUGAUGGAAAAGCUGACAAUAAACGACAUUUUAUAUAUCAAGGAACUGAACAGUAGUAAGCAAGCCAGGGAGAGCCCUGUGCAUGAAAACACAACGCCAGACGUUUCAGACAUGGCAGAUUGUGGGUAUUCCACACAUCUGGAAGACAGCAAACAUGACACAUCUUGUGGGAAUGAUAUCUCAGUUAUUUCAGAUUUAGAAGAGUUUUUACCCAUACAGGAAACCAAAGAAGAUGCCAUUCUAGACUUCAUGCAGUUUGUAGAACCACAAGAUAUUCCCAUACCCUCCAGUUCCAGUGAGUUUUCAAAUGAAAAAGACGAGGCUCAGUUGUGGAGAAGUGUAUCAGAAGUAAAUCUAGCUCACAGAGGUACAGAAACCGAUUUGAAAGGGGUUGCACAGUUUGCUGGCACUGGACUCCCACACCCAACUACAGCUCCUUCAGAAUAUGUGGAUGAAAAAUGUUUUGGUCGGAUUUGCAAAAAUAUAAGCGUGAGGUCAUUAAGAGCAUUAGAAAUCCAAGCAAGUAAACAACAUGAAUUCAAUGUCAAUGAACAUCUUCUCUUGCAGUCCUGCAAAGAAGAAGCUGAAAAUGCUUGUCUCUCUGUUGUGAAUCGUCCAAGCCUUGAAGACAGCAGUAACCCAAUUGCAGUUCCUCCACUUAUUUGUUCCGCUUCAGAUUUACCUGACAAAGAGAGCUUUAGGAUUUCAUUAUCCGAAAUCUUUGGGUAUCUUUUCGGUGGCAGUCGACAUGGAAAUGGUGCAUGCCCUGUUUCUUAUACAGAACACUCAGCCAUGUCAGUUAAGGAACAGGAGCUGUGCAAUCUAUCUGUACCUGAGAUGUACGAUUACUUUUUCUCUGAGUUUGAGGCAGGAGGUGAGGCGCGGAGUGAGGGGAAUACGCCUGCACCUAUUUUCCCACGCUCAAGGUCUUUCGACAAGGCUCUGACAGUCCCUGAGGGGUAUGAGUACUUUUUCCCUGAAGAGGACGGAGAGGAUCUUCAUGAAGAUGAAAGUGAGGAAGACUCUGGCCCUAUACAUGUAGUGAUGCGCGUUGACCGGAGUGAUCAUGAAGCCACUUCUGUAUCUGUCCCGGAGGCAUAUGAUUACUUCUUCAGUAACAAAGAAAGAGAGGGAGAUUUAUUUGGGAUGUUUACCACAUCACUGAGGAGAAGACAUUUCACUACAGGGAUCAAAAAGGCCCUUGAAGGCAUCAUGUGCAUGGUGCAGAGGGAUAAAACAGAGGAACAGCCCAAAAACAAGUUGCAUCCAUCCAGGGCUGGGAAGAAUCAAAACCAGGAUCGCUCUGCACUGCAAAUACAAUUCCUUGAAUACGACAUACUGAGAUAUAUUGAAGAACAAACAAGAAGGUCAGCUGAGGCUAGAGUGGCAGUAGCAGUACCAAGAAAAGAAAAUGUCCUUAUGACGCUUGAUCAGUCGGACAUGUGUUUAGUUUGCAUAGCCUUUGCAUCCUGGGUAAUCAAAUCUGCUAAUCCACAUUCUCCAGACUUGUGGAAAACUGCUUUGCUGGCAAAUGUUAGUGUGAUCUCUGCAAUUCAAUACCUCAGAAGAUAUGGGAAGGAGAAAAAAUCGAAGUAACCCCCGAAAAUAUAAAAAGCUGUUAUUACCUUGUAAGAUAUUCUGUGAUUGGUUGCUUUUUUUUUUUUUUUUUUUUCAUAACGAAGCAUGUUAAGUUUAUAUUCUUGUUUGAGUGUAUAGAGUUAAAAAAUAUAUGAAUAGAUAAAAUAUUUUUGUAAAAGCAGACAUUUGUAAUACAAGAUGUGUCCAGAUUUUUAAACGAGCCAAAUGUAUAUUUUUGUAUGGUGCUAUGAUUAUAUUAAGAUAAUAAGAACAGAGUUCAGAAAGAAGAGAGAAUUUUUCUGAGGGUAUUUUGUGUAAUACAAUACAUACAUAUUUAUUGAAAUAAUGGUGCUGGGAGAUGGGUUUAAAUCUGCAUUUAUAGAGUAUUCUAUUUUAAAUCCUUAGUUAGCUAUAACUAAAGAAAAAAGCAUAACAGGGAUUGAAAUAACGGAAAGGGGCUAAAGUGGUCCAGCCAGGUCAACAGAAGUUUGUUGAACUUUCAAUAAAAUACCAAUCGCAUUAUUAGAAAAACGUGGGGCUCUAAUAGAGAUUCUGAUGCACAUUAUAAAUAUGAUACAUGUCAUAAAGCACACUCUUCAGAAUGCAGCAGUGGCACUGCAUGUAACUGGCUUGCUAUGGAAGGCACCAGGUGGGUUAGCACGAUUGUAGGAACAUCAGCAUGGGCUGUUGACAGGGAUUCCGUAGGUGUUUGAAAACGUGGUUCAGGAUGUAAGUAUUUUGGAGUAAACUAUUUGUCUACAUUGACCAUUGAGUCUAUUUAGUGUGAAUCACAUCUGAAAAUGUCAUGCUUCUUUUGUAAAAAAUAAAUCAAUAUAUAUAUAUACAAUUUACAGUAUCUUACAAUAUCCCCUUAACUGUGACUGCGUGUGCAUCAUGUUUUCUAAAUGUAAUGACUGUGUUACAGGCUUCAGAACAGUGUGCAUUGCGCUACCAGACAGAAAAUAAGGGUGUCUUGUUUUCGCAUCUAACUAUUUCUGCGUCAUAGCUUAGUAUAUUGGUUUGCACACAGGGCUUCUUCACCCUUCAUUGCCUUUUGUGCACAGCUGUAUAGAUUUGCAUGUGUUUUCAUUGCGUACAUGAUUACUGCUUUCAAACAAUCAUGUAACAGAACAGAACCCAUUGUACAGGUCAAGUGCAAAUCCCUGGGCUCUCAUUAGAUGGCAGCAGAAGCCUCAUUGCUCACUCUACAGGUAUUUGCUAGGAAGUGAAUGAGUUUCUGGCCAUCACUGGCUGUCAAGAUAAAAGUUGUAAUUAUACAGAUUUCCUGUUUCUGAGCACCAAAAAAAUAUAAACAAUGAUGAACAGAGCCAGCUGAAAUCCCAAAGUUGUCCAAGUAUGAUCAUGUUGUCCAGACUGAGAACAAACCUCAGGCAUUCAAAUGAUUAAAAGCGCUCCGACAUUAUCCAGCGUAUACACUUAUGUGCUGUUUUUCCUGUACAAUAAUAAAGUGACUCUGAAAACCA